CUUCAAACUUCUAUAUUAUAUAAUUUUUUUUAUUUUUUUUAUCCUUCUUUGCUGUCAAAUCUUCAAAGCCAAUUCCCUCGAACAAUAAGAUGCACCGUGUCUUGUCAUCGAGAUGGCUCAACAGUGCACUAAACAUCACCGAACACUCAAGAGCAGUUGAGCUACCUUUGUUCCUUUGUCCUGCUAUUAACGCUACAUCACGUCGCCAAAGAAUAGGUGCUGUCGCAUCCUCGUCUCCGCUACCAACUCCACGAUGGAGGAUACAACAACGCUGCCUGCAUAUGCAGCCUGAUGUCCUAGACAUCCCAGAUGUUCCUAAUGCCCCUAAUGCCCCUAAUGUCCUAAACGAGGAAGCCUUUUCCUCCUCUAAUACCACAUCUACUGAGACCUCUACUGAGACCUCCAGUGAAAUUAUCCCCCAGGAUUUGCCUAUCAAAAAAUUACCUAGGCAAUGUCGUGGUUGUGGUGCUUUGUCGCAAACCACCCUUCCAAACCAACCUGGAUACUUUGAUCUUGGUCGCAAAGCCGUUCGAAACUUUCUUAAUCCUAGCAUACCUAGUCGAGACCGACGGUCUCAGCUAGAGGAAAGUGUCGUUGAAAAUGCGCUGAAGCAUCUUGAUCGUGAGGAGUUGGCAAAGAAAGGGGUUGAUGUGGAAGCACUCAUGACGAGUCUAACGCCGCCAGCAACCCAACCACGACCGCCUCCAAAGGUACCCACAUGCGAUAGAUGCCACUUUCUACUGCAUAAUCACACUGCAGAGUCGAUAUAUCACCCUUCCUUGGAUGCCAUUAGAGAUACUCUUGAAGAGUCGCCCUAUAAAUAUAACCAUGUCUACCAUGUCCUCGACGCCGCCGAUUUCCCAAUGUCUCUGUUGCCAAGACUAUCUGAACUACUCAAAUCUAUGCCCUUGAGAACGAAAAAUCGCCGGUCCAGAGCUGGCAAGUUUUACGCCAACCAGAAAACGGAACUAAGUUUUGUGAUAACGCGAUGCGACUUGCUGGCACCGACAAAACCUCAGGUAGACAACCUAUUUCCCUACUUACAAGAAGUACUUCGAGAUGCUCUCGGACGAAGCGGACGUGACGUGCGUUUGGGUAACUUGAUAGCUGUUAGCUCAACCCGAAGUUGGUGGACUAAAGAACUGAAGGAAGAGAUCUGGAAACGAGGGGGGGCUGGUUGGAUGGUUGGAAAAGCCAAUGUUGGAAAGAGUCAACUGUUCGAAGCGGUUUUCCCCAAGGGGAGAAUGAAUGCGAUGCCUACAAGGCAUCAGAUCACAGUUGACUUGCACGCAAGCCGACCAAGGGAAGCAGAAGUAACAGAAGAGGCGCAAACACAACCUAACCCUCCCACACAAGAGGACUUGGACACUCAACAAAUAGAGCAAUUUGAAGAGGAAGUUGACGAGUUUUCCCUCCUCCCACCUGCGCCCAAGGAGACGAACUAUCCGGAAAUGCCAUUGGUUUCCGAUCUACCGGGUACCACGGCGUCACCGAUCCGCAUUCCAUUUGGUAACGGCCGAGGGGAAUUAAUUGACCUCCCUGGUUUAGAGCGUACUGGCCUUGAACAGUAUGUCAAACCGGAACAUCGCCUGUCUUUGAUCAUGCGCUCCCGCAUCGUACCAGAGCAAAUGACUCUUAGGCCGAGCCAGUCACUUCUUCUCGGUGGCUUCAUCCGCAUCACGCCGAGAGAGCCUGCGCCCAUCAUGUUAGCAUAUGCAUUCACACCCAUCGAGGCACAUGUAACGAGGACCGACAAAGCAGUUGGUAUUCAAAACCACACUGGCGAGGUCAAUGUCGACAGCAUAGCUUUGCCGGAAACUGGUGAAAAGACGCAACUGGCAGGUUCUUUCGAGCUAAGAUGGGAUGUGACGAAACAACGUACUGGGCCGUUAACCAGGAAGAACGCUAUAGGGUUGAGCGUAGACCAGCUGCCGUAUCGAGUCCUAUCAACUGACAUUCUAAUUGAGGGCGUUGGAUGGGUAGAAAUUACCGCCCAAGUACGCGUAAGGGAUCUUUAUGAGCGGAGGCGAAGGCCAAUUCUGCCACCUGUAGAAGAAAUUCCGGAGAAAAAAGAGCUUUCGGCAUUAGAAAGGUUGGAAGCGGUAGGCGAAGAUGCAAAGAAGAAACACUCGCCUCCUCCCGAAUUUGAAGAGCACUACAGUGACGAGCCAAAUUGGCCGAUUGUGGAUGUAUACAGCCCGGAGGGCAAAUACAUCUCUAACCGUAUGCCCAUGAAUGGCUGGAUAUUGAACAAGCCAAGGGUCACACCCGAAUCGAAACGGUCGAGACCUAGGAGGAGUAUGAAGGGUAUGAAAAAGCUUGAGAAGAAGCGUAGACGAGAAAGCCAGGCCGCCAGCCCUACGUCUGCGUCGUUCUGAAAUAAACAAACCCCUAUCGAUUAUUUUUGAAUUGUACCAACUCCCUAAUCGUGUGCAUUUCACACGUGAUAUGUACCAUAUGCAAUAACAGACGAUAUAUCAACUUGACGCUUACCUGUGCAUGUAUCCCCUCCCCCCCGCGGAUUUAUCGGUUACCAUUGUCUGCAAAUACUAGGUAGUCUCCGAGGAAAAAAGUACCAACAACUGAAUUUCAUCGAGACUAAAAUGGUUAGAACUUUUGGCGACUGGUGCUCAGAUGUGACAGAGACAAUAACUCAGAUACGAUGGCCGCUAUUGAGUGGUUGAAGCUUGGAGUACUUCCAUGUCUGCCUUGACAUUCUUCACCAUCUGAUUCCCCCUUUAGCCAAUGUUAUACCUAGAUGUCUAGGGUAGACUCGGGUUCUGGCCAGCAUUAGCGUUGAUAGUGGUUUCCGAGUACAGAACAAUCUUGGUUCCAUUGUAGCCACAUGAGACUUUUUGCUUGGCAGGGCCAGUUGCAAGGAUUGAAUGAGUUGGGGUGAAGGACAAGUAUACGAAUGCAAUAG